AUGACCACCACCACAACAACAACCCCUCCCUUCCAAUUCCCCCUCACCUAUUCCUUCCCGGCCUUCUUCACCCCGCAACCCAACAGCACCACACGCACAUCUCAACUCCAGAAAUGGUCCUCCUUGAUACAAUCCUGGUGUCGGCAUCACCGGACAUACCGACUCUCGGUGAUCGAGGCCAUCGAGUCCCCGCUAUUUCAUAACGCGACGUUGCGGAAACGGAUAUCGUUGAGCGAUGCGCGGGAUAUUCUGGAUUGGAUGGCGAGGGGUGAAGAGGAGGGUGGGGGAGGGAAAAGGGCUGAGUGGAUUGAUGGGGGGAGUAAUAAUAAGACGGUGGCGUGGAUUUGGUGGAGGAGGCCGGAGGAGUGGGCGGGGGUUGUUGCGGAUUGGGUGGAGAAUACGGGCCAGAAGAAUGUGGUGCUUACGGUGUAUGAGUUGUUGGAGGGGGAGGCUACGAUGUCGCAAGAAUGGCAUGGGAUGGAUCCGGAUGUGAUGCUCAAGUCCCUUAAUGUUCUCGUGAAACGAGGAAAAGCACAGGUCUUCGGUGGUGAGGGCCAAGAGGGUGUCAAGUUCUUUUAA